AUGACCGAGUCGCCGCCGCCAGCGCUGAAGUGGUCGGCACAGUUCACAGUGACAGCAGCGUCGACGACACAGACCCUACCUGGCGAUAAGAUACUGCUACCACCCUCGGCACUCGAACAACUCCUCGGCGCAUCCUCUCAUGCGGCGGCCGAAAGUGCGCGACGAGACCUCCCGCAAUAUGACCCUUACAAUUCUUCUACGUACUCGGCAUAUCGCCAGGCGGAAUCGCAGUAUCAAGAUCAGCGGCAACAGUUACCGUAUCCUCUGACCUUCCGGCUGGUUAACCCAGAGAAUGGACGAGUAGUGUAUGCCGGCAUACGGGAGUUCUCAGCUGGAGAGAACGAGUUGACUGUGAGUCCAUUUCUGCUCGAGUCUCUGGGGUUGAAGGCCGAGGAUCUGGCCCAGCAUGAGGACGUCAUUAUCGUCGAUGAUGAUGAGGAGGAGGACGAGGACGAGAAGAAGGACGAGAAGCCAGCAAAGAGCGUACCGACCAUCACAGUACAUGCGAAGCAGUUGCCAAAAGGCACAUUCGUCAAGUUACGGCCGCUCGAAGCUGGCUACGAUCCGGAAGACUGGAAAGCGCUGCUCGAACAGCAUCUGCGAUCGAAUUACACCACUUUGACAAAUGGCGAAGUAUUGGUCGUGCCAGGAGGUCGCGGAGUUGGAGGCAAGAAAGAGGAGUUCAGAUUCCUGGUUGAUGGCUUCAAGCCUGAGGUGGAUGGUAUCUGCGUGGUGGACACAGACCUGGAAGUCGACAUCGAAGCUUUGAACGAAGAGCAAGCAAGAGAGACGCUAAAGCGGAUACAUGACAAGAUCUUGAAGGCACCAGGUACGGAGCAGGGAAGUUCAACAGGCGGAGCGCUAGAUCUGUUCAAGGCGCAGGAAGGACGGGUGGUACCUGGAGACUAUGUGAACUAUCAGCUUGCAUCUUGGAACAGGACACAGCCACUUGAGCUCGAGCUUGAAGCAGAGGACGAUGAUGACGAGGAUCUGGCACUUCUGGUGAAUCCGUACUCAACCACGCUGAGGUCGCAGCCGCGAUUGGACGAGUUCGUGUUUGGGGACUUGGAUAUACGGCCGCGCAAACGUAUACGUCUCGAGCCUACAAAUGUGGACGUGGAGCAUGCUGAGUCGCUGUACGUUGCUGUGCACGCUGUUGCACCACGAGCUGCCGAGACCAACGGGGAUGGCGUCCAGCCAGAGUCUAGUGGCGAGCCCAGGCGCUUCACUCUACGAGCAAGACAUCCAGGGCCGGACGAGAAGACGAACGGAGACCUGCCAGCCACUGUCGAUACCGUUCCACCCAACGAAGGAGAUGUCAAGUGCAAGAAUUGUGGGCAAUGGGUACCUCAACGAACUCUGAUGCUACACGAGAACUUCUGCCUGAGAAACAAUCUCCUAUGUCCCAAGGGCUGCGGACAGGUCUUUCAGAAGCGAUCUCCAGAGUUGGCAUCGCAUUGGCACUGCCCACACGACGAAUCGCACGGCAACACAGAACCCGGCCACCAGAAUCACGACAGCAUCUUCCACCCGCCAGAAGUCCUCCGCUGCAGCGAUUGCAGCACGGCCGAAACAUUCCCCAAUCUUCCUUCUCUCGCACGUCACCGCACCACGACAUGUCCCGGCAAAAUCAUCCUCUGCCGCUUCUGCCACCUCGAAGUCCCACAAGAAGGCGACCCCGACGUCCCAAAUGCUGAAGCGCUGCUCUCAGGCAUGACACCACACGAGCUCGCCGAUGGAGCACGAACUACGGAAUGCCAUCUCUGCAACAAGAUCGUGCGGCUACGUGAUAUGGAGACACACAUCAAGAAUCACGAGAUGGACCGCUUCUCCCGCGCAGUACCGAUCCCGUGCCGCAACAUCAACUGCGGCCGCACUCUGGACGUGUGCGCGAAGAACGGUGAUACGCGAGCUGGCACGAGGAUGGGUCAAGGUCCCGGUAACGACGUAGGACUCUGCAGCCAGUGCUUCGGGCCGCUGUAUGUGAGUAUGUACGAUCCCGAGAACAAAGCCCUGCGUCGCCGGAUCGAGAGACGUUAUCUACAGCAACUCCUCACGGGAUGCGGAAAGGCGUGGUGUAAGAAUGAGUUCUGCAAGACCGGACGCAAGAAUCUAGACAUGAGCACGAAUAUCACGACGAAGGAUGCGUUGCCUAUGAUUAAGCCGUAUCUAGAGACUGCGAAGGAUACACCGCUACACUUUUGUGUGGAUGAGAGUAGUCAGAAGCGGAGAAAUCUGGCGGGUAUGCUGGCGGCGGAGGAUGGAGGUCAGAGUGGGAAGGGUGGGUUUGCGGUGAAGUGGUGUGUUGGGGCGCUGGAGGCCGAGGGUGGUGAUCUUGAUGCGGCGAGGGUGUGGUUGAGGAACUGGGCGCCUGCUAGGAGUGAAGAGAGGAGAUGA